AUGAAAGAACUUCAACACACCAAGACCCGUUUCGUUCUCGUCCAAAACGAGACCGCCCUCGAGGCGUUUUGUUCUUUUCGCUUCGAGGCCGAGGAAGACUGGAACGGGGAGAUGCAGUUUUUGGUUUACAUUUAUGAGAUUCAGAUUGCCCAAGGAUACCGAGGAACAGGCCUCUGUCGACGGGUUUUCACGGCGUUGGAAGGAAUGUGUGCAGAGCUGGAUGUUCAAGUUGUGAUGCUAACGUGUUUCAAAUGCAACACCCAAGCGCUCCCGGUAUAUGCACACCUUGGGUUCCAAGAGGUCGAAGGCGAUUCUGAAACGUCACAAGAGUUUUGGAAACCCAUUGGGAAUCGCCCCGCUUAA